AUGAUGUUGCCAUUGCGGGAUGCUGCAAGGACGAGUAUUUUGUCAAAGAAAUGGAGGUUUUACUGGCUCAAACUCCCACAGCUUGUCUUUGAUGAUACAAUGAUCCAAGAUUCAAUGAAAAACCAAAAUUCACUCCAAAGCAAACUUCUCAUGACUAUAUAUCAAGUUUUAUUACUUCAUAAUGGACCAAUAGUGAAGUUCACCCUCUCUAUUUCUGAACUAGAAGGCUGUUAUGAGAUUUACCCGUUGAUACUUGUCCUGUCAAGGGGUGGCAUCAAGGAGCUUACUAUUGAUAUUUUUUCAAUAACUUCCAAUGAUGCUGAUGGAUUGAAUUUGGAACAUGUCGAGGAAGGAGAGGCAUCUGAAAUGCUUGAGGUUUUUGGUUGUCUUCCUGUAAUUGAGACUUUGAAAUUGGGCUUUCGUUUUAUGAAGUUCUUGACCAUGGGCGGUGUACCUGAGAGGCUCCUGUUUACCUUAGACCACCUCAAAGUUCUUCAACUAAAUGAAAUAUAUUUUGGAGAAAUUGUAGAGGUCUCCUUUGCUCUAUGCUUGAUUAAAAGCUCCCCCAACUUGAAAAAAAUUGAAAUUGAGGUGUUUACUAGCAAAGAUGGUGCUCCAGGGCCUCUGGUUUUAGAAUUUUUGGAAAUGCAAGACUACUCAGAUGCCUCUUUGAAACAACUUCGAGAAGUGAAGAUGCGAUUCAUCUCUGGGACAAGGCCUGAAUUGGAGUUUAUAAAGCUUAUAUUAGCAAAAUCCCCGAUGCUAGAGUCGAUGCUUAUUGAGUCCAACACGAAGAAGAUCGAUGAUAAUGGAGUGGCGAUACUGACAGAGUUGACACGAUUUCGACGCAUCUCACCUAAUGUAGAAAUUAUCUACAAAGCAGCAGAUUAA